AUGAAUUUUACAGAAAGAGAUGGUGCUCGAAAAAAAAUAAUUGCAUUUGUUAAUUCGAAAGCGGGCGGAUUACAAGGUCAAGCGGUGAUUAAUGGAUUAAUAAAUCAAAUCGGAGCAGAAAAUGUUUAUGAUUUAGUGAUCGAUCAUGGACCAGAGAAAGGUUUAGAACAAAAUCAAUAUGAGAAAGAUUUACGUAUUAUUGCUUGUGGUGGUGACGGCACUGUAGGAUGGGUAUUAUCAGCACUUGAUAAAUUCCAAAUACAAUAUGCAGAUUUUAUUAGUGUUGGCGUCAUACCGUUGGGUACUGGAAAUGAUAUGGCUAGAUUUUUAGGUAUGGGUCCGGGAUAUCAAGGCGAAAAUUUGUCUGAGUUAAUUCAAACAUUAUCUAAGAGUGAAACCACUAUGUUAGAUAGAUGGCUUGUUGAAGUUACACCCAUUACUCAAUCACCACCGAUCGGUCCAGGUAAUGAUACUGGUGUUUCAAAUAUUAAAUUACCACUGUCAGUAUUCAAUAAUUAUUUGAGUUUUGGUGCCGAUGCACAAAUAGCAUUGACUUUUCAUCAACAACGGAAUGCUAAUCCAACAAUGUUUGCUAAUCGUUUCUUUAAUAAAGCAGCCUAUGGUGUUAUUUCAUCUUUGACAUUUUUUGAUGAACGUUAUUUAUGUGGACAUAUUGCUGGUGAUGUUGAAUUAACGGUUGAUGGUAACAAUGUAUACAACGAACUAGUGGCAUCCGAACCAGAUGCUAUUCUCAUAUUGAAUAUAUCAUCUUAUGCAGCUGGUAGCAAUCCUUGGCAAGGUGUACCUAAUACAUUAAUGGAUGGCACAUGGACUGAUACUGACGGCGAUCAAUUCAGAGAACAGUCGUGUUCCGACGGUUAUUUAGAAAUUGUUAGUGUCAAACAUUUUGAAUUAGCUCAAAUUCAGUUAGGUGGACGAGGUCGUCGACUUGCACAAGGCAGAGAAAUCAAAUUGACAAUAUUAAAAAGUUUACCAAUGCAAAUUGGUAAUGUUACAUGUUGUUUUGCUAAAUCUAUUCAAGACAUUAAUGUUUUUAUUUUAGAUGGCGAACCGUUUUUAAUCGAGCCAUGUCAAAUCACAAUAACCAGAAAAAACCAGGCACGAAUGAUAAUGACUGAUAAUAGCCAGGCAUAUCGUCAACCAAGAUUAACUAGAUUUUGA